AUGGCGAAGGUAUUCAUUUACCAGUAUUCUAUCAGUGAAGGGAAGAGAAAGCAAGGUGGACAGAAGCUACACCUCAAGGAGAUGCUGAAGUGGCACAUAAAAAAUGCUAAUAUCAAGUCUGAAACCUGGGAACAGGAUGCUUUGGACAGAAGUUUCUGGAGAGCCACUGUUGAACAAUCAGUGGAAAGCAUUGAAAAGAAGCGGCAGCUAGAAUACCAGCGUGCUCAUGAAAGAAGACAUUUCACUGCAACAUCAGUGAAGUUGGUGUCAUGUAGUGAUGCUGAUCGUGUAGUGGAGACAAUCCUGCUUCUGAUGUUAUCCUCGGUCGGCUCAGAUAGCUCUCAUUGCCGAGACAGAGCCGCCUCAACACUAGAUACAAUAUCCUCGCAGUCGUGUCAGUUUCUGUUGAUGUCCAGUAUGGGCGUGUUCAGUCAUCUUGUUGGCUCGUUUGUCGGCAAUUAUCGUAACUUUCAAGUUUACUUAGAUAGCGAGAAUGCUAUAAGAUCAAGUGAGUGCGAGUGUCCAAGGGGGAAGUUUAAGUGCAGCCACGCGGCUACACUUUUCAUUCACGGCAUCUACAACGUCAGCCGGACAGAUGUUGAAUGCAAUUGGAAGAAACGCAAAGCAAAUACACCGCUCUCUUGGCAAUCCGUCGAAGAAAUGUUUCCUCCCACAAAACAGUAUUGCUGCUUAUCAAGAAACCCUACUCAAUCUGAUCGGUCUUCCCUUUACAGAGACCUACAGGAGUAUGGAAGAUUUACUGGCCUUUGUUGGCUUAUGAGCCCUGAACCAGCUACUGUUAGUAACCUUCCCAUACCGACAAUAGAGGAUAUCAUUUACUCGGAAGAAUUUCUUAAAUUACAAGGAUCACAGCAACAAAUUGAUUGCCUAGUAAGACAGGCAAAGAUUCCUGAUGAGUACAUCUUAAAAAUAAGUGACAUUACCAUUGGACAGAGAAACAACCCAACUUGGCAUUUAGCUAGAAGGGGCAGAUUAACAGCAAGUAACUUUGGUUGCGUUUUGAAGGCCAAACGGGUGACCCAGUCUCUCUUGAAGGGCCUUCUUGGAGAAUACGAUUUGUCUGGAGUUAAGGCUGUACAAUGGGGUGUGAACAAUGAACAGGAAGCACUCAAAGCAUUCACUAUGUUGACAGGGAAAACCGUCCAGGAAACUGGUAUUUGGUUGGAUGCUUCUGGAAUCCUUGGGGCCUCUCCGGAUGGAAUUGUAGAUGAUGAAACCGUCCUAGAAGCUAAGUGUCCUUACACUGAAAGGAACCUAACAAUUGAAGAAGCCAUUGCUACUUCACCAACAUUUUGCUUAAAAAAAGCACAGGAUGGAAAUGGAUAUGUGUUAAAGAAGGACCAUGUCUAUUGGGACCAGGUACAGGGUGAAAUCUUUUUUACACAGCGAAAGUUUUGCUACUUUGUUGUUUGGACUUCUAAGGACGUGGCUGUUGUCAAAAUAGAGCAAGAUGAAACCUGGGAUGCAAAUAUUCCAGUCUUGAAAGAAUUCUAUUUUAAACACAUUUUUCCCAAGAUAGUGGAAGGUGCAUUGUAAUUUUAUUUCCUUAAACAGACAUGCGUGCAAGGCUUUUCACCUGAGAGUAUUGGUUGUACUGUCUCUGGCUGUAACUUUUCUCGAGCAAUGUCAGUGUCACCAGCAAAGAUUUGGUAAAUGUAUUGGACUAUUGGGCCAAAUUUUAAAGAGAUAAACAUAAGAUUGUAAAUUUGAGUAACAAAGAGUGCAGGUUGUGUUGAUCUUUAUUAUUUCUACUAAAUGUCUUACAAAAUAUAAUGGCAUUCUGACUUUGUUUAUAUAUUAACAUAAUUGAAAAAAGUUAUUCGAUUGA